CAAAAUUUUAAAUCAAAAUGGGGAUCCUUGAGUUGCUAAAGUUUGAGAACCGCUGCUCUAAGGGAAUACUGUUGAAACAGGAUUACAUUAACAUGAAUUUGGCCCACUGACUCUAGUUUAUUCCCCAGCUGUAGAUAAAGAAAGUUAAUGAUUUUCCCAUUUUUUUCUAGGUAUCUCGAUAAGUAUUUAAAAACCUUCUUAAUAUCUGCAGACAGUUUAUUCAUGGUUGGCCAUAAAGUGAUUUUCUAUGUUAUGGUGGAUGAUCUCUCGAAAAUACCUUUGAUAGAACGGACAUAUAAAGUAUUCCAAAUUAAUAAAGAAAGCCAAUUGCAAGAUAUAAGUAUGAUGCGCAUGAAGACCAUAGGGGACCUUAUUGAAAGCCACAUCAAGCAUGAAACAACAAUUAUGUUUUGUAUGGAUGUGGAUCAAGUUUUCCAGAGUGACUAUGGUUUGGAGAUGCUUGAUGAGUCUGUAGCACAGCUCCAAGCUCGGUUUUAUAAGGCAGAUAAAGAGAAAUUCACUUAUGAGAGAGAUCCCCAGUCAACAGUUUAUAUUCCAUUGAUGCAGGGGGACUAUUAUUAUCAUGCUGCUGUCUUUGGAGGUACUCCUCUUCAUGUUUUCAACCUUACUAGGGAAUGUUAUGAAGGGAUUAUAAAAGACAAAGAAAGGAACGCUGAGGCAAUAUGGCAUGAUGAAAGCCACUUAAACAAAUAUUACUUUAUAAACAAGCAUACUAAACUGUUAUCUCCGGAAUAUUGCUGGGAUUACAAAAUUGGAAAAAAUGGUGAUAUAAAAAAUGUAAAGUUAUCAUGGAUGCCAAAGGAAUAUGGUGAGGUCAGAAGUAACUCCUAAUUUAUAAAGGAUACUGGGAGAGUAGCAUUGGCAUUGGAAAGUCUAAUCUGCUGGAGUUCAGAGUCUGAUCAUGACAUGACCAAUAGAUGGUAGAAAAAAUAACAUUUUUUUAAAAUGUAGUUCCAUAAACUGCAAGAUAAGCCAAAAUUUAUUCCUCAUCUUUUUGAAUAAUUUACUGAUGCUGGAGAAUUAUAACAUAUUGGUAGGGGAUGGAAAACACUUGACCUUGUUUAUCAUGAAAAACACAUCCAGCAGAGAUUUGGUAAAAAUCUGAUUUAAUAAAAUUAAUUUAUGCUAGCGGGCAAGGCGGAAAGGAAAAUACUGGGUAAAAAAAUUUACGCUGAUUAGAUCCACUGCUGCUGUCCAAGUCUUCUACACAUCUCUUCUCGCUUUCAUAAAAGGAGAAGAUGCCUUUGACUCAACAGUAGAAAUCUCUCAAAAAAGCAAAGCUGUCAUACUGCUUUUGAGUUUGCAGUUUUCCAUUGUCUGACUACAGUGUGAUUUCUCAAUGUCUCUGGAGUAUAACAAUGUGUUUAGAAAGUUACAUGUUCCUCUGUUAUUUGUUAUAAUCAGAGUGGUGGCAUGGUCUACAGCCUGAGUACAGAUCAGGGACUGAGGAGCAAUUGAGUUCUAAGUACUGAUUUGCUGUAUGGCUUUAGGCAACUUGCUUAUCCUUUCCUCCAAUUUACCCUUGUAAAAUGGGAAUAUUACAAUAUAUACCUACCUCAUGGAGAUGCUGAGGAUUAUUUGAUGUUUCAAAGGCACUAUUACAUCUCCUCUUUUGAACAAGAACAGGGCACCAAAGAGAUGGAAGAAAUGAUUGCCCUGAAUCAACCUCCAUUCAGCUAAAGGGGGAUUGGGUGGAGUGCAGUGGAGGGGAAGAGUAACCACUGUAGAGAGAUUCUUGUAGUAUGAGGUCUAAUCACAUGACUCCUAUUGAUGUUGAUCCUAAAACUCCACCCACAACACUUUGAAAAUGUACUCCUAAGUGGCUAAACCAUCCAGAAACAGGCUACAGUCCCAGAACAUAAGAACGGCCAUACUGGGUCAGACCAAAGGUCCAUCCAGCCCAGCAUCCUGUCUACCGACAGUGGCCAAUGCCAGGUGCCCCAGAGGGAGUGAACCUAACAGGUAAUGAUCUAGUGA